AUUCCAAAUCAGGGGCGAACUGACAACUCAUGGGGCCCCCGGGCAAUAGGGGAUCAUGGGGCCCCUGUGUCCUUACCGAAACUCAAAAAAUCCUAUGAAAAAGGUACCAGGGGCAUCUCAUGGGGCCCCCUACUGACCCUGGGCCCUCGGGCAGUGCCCGAGUUUCCAAAUGGUCAGUCCGCCCCUGUUCCAAAUUUCAAACAGCCCAUACAUUUGAAAAAGUUCCCUAAAAUCAGCUAUUCCAAACAACUAUCAGAUCCUGUUCUCAGUAGCCUUGCUUUGAAUCUAACUAGCAUGGACAAUUAUUUUAUUUUAUAUUAU